CGUAAAGCGGUCACUUGUUUUUAAACUACCGGUCGAGUUGCGCGCGCAACACAACAAAACACAAUCUCGACGCGAACGCACGAAUGUCACCAACAUUUGCGCGGGAAACCGCGAAGUAGUUUUUUGACAAUUGACGAACACAUUUUCCCACAAUGCGGCUGUUAAUAGUGUUGUGUUUCUGUGCCAGUGCGGUGUACGACGUUUCGGGUCAAGACAUUGAAGCUAUGAAAAAUAUGCCCAAAUAUGACGCUCGAUAUGAUUAUUUAGAUGUAGAUGCACUUUUUAAUAGUAAAAGACUAGUCAGAAAUUACGUGGAGUGUUUAAUUAAUGGACUAAGGUGCACACCUGAAGGAAAAGCUUUGAAAAGGCUCCUUCCAGAAGCAUUAAGAACGAAAUGCGUCAGGUGCACGGAGAGACAGAAGAGAACAGCCGUGAAGAUUAUAAAGCGGCUGAAAUACGAGUAUCCUGAAGAAUGGGCGAAGUUAGCCUCAAAAUGGGAUCCCACUGGAGACUUCACCAGAUAUUUCGAAGUGUAUCUGGCGAACGAACAAUUUAAUGCUAUCCCGAGCAGCAGCGUCGAGAUGCCGUCCGCCUCGCCGCCGCCAGCACCACCCACGUCUCCUCCAGUGACGUCACAAGAACCCGUCACAACACCAACUCCGCCUAGACCUCUUCUACUCAACAGAUUUGGUGAUGAAGGAGAGCUAAUGGUGGGUAGUCCAUCGUCAGGAGUGGCUACUCAGCGCACAACUCUGCCGCCAAUGUGGUCUACCGUUCUACCUACACGGCCAGCGAGACCAACACCGGUAAGCUGGGCGACGGCUGGCCAAGGCAUGACGACGAGAAACCCAAAGAUAGAAGAGGCAUACACAACCGCAAUCACAUUCAUUGACCAGAUUGGGAUCAAAAUCAUCAGGACAACAGAACUAGUGACUGACAUCUUGAAGAAUACCGUUCGAGCUGUCGUCGGGUGACGUUUACUGAACAGCAACUGUCAGUUGUCAUGUUAGAUUAUUGAGAUUACGUUUCGUUUU